CCCCCGACACCUGCGACAGGUGGAGCGCGCGGCGCGGGGCACUCGGCCAUGUCCGCGGAAGCCUGCGCGCCGGACUCCGGGCCCCAGGCCGGCUCGGGGCCGGGGCUGGUGCGGGGGCCCGGGCGGGGCUCCGAACCGGGCCGGUUGUGUCCGGAGCACGGCGAGCCUCUGAGCGGGUUCUGCCUCUCGGAGCGACGGCCGGUGUGCGCUGUCUGCGCCGGGCUGGGCGGCCGCUGUCACCGGCACCGCGUCCGCCGGGCCGAGGAGCACGCCGAGGAGCUGAGAAACAAGAUUGUGGACCACUGUGAGAGGCUGCAGUUACAGAGUGCUGGCAUCACUAAGUAUAUGGCGGAGGUCCUGCAAGGAAAGAACCAGAAAGCAGCGAGCAUGGCCAGUGCAGCGAGGGAACUGGUCAUCCAGAGGCUGAGUCUGGUGAGGAGCCUGUGUGAGAGUGAGGAACAACGGCUACUGGAGCAGGUACAUAACGAAGAAGAGCGGGCCCACCAGAGUAUCCUGACUCAGCAGGCGCACUGGACUGAGGCUCUGCAGAAGCUGGACACCCUCCGCACCAGCCUGGUGGGCAUGCUGACCCAUAUGGAUGACCUGCAGCUGCUUCAGAAGGAGCAGGAGAUUUUUGAGAGGGCCGAGGAAGCAGAGGGCAUUUUGGAUCCCCAGGAGUCGGACAAAUUAAGCUUCAAUGAGAAGUGUGCUUGGAGCCCACUACUGACUCAACUCUGGGCAACGUCCGUUCUCGGGUCUCUCUCAGGCACGGAGAAGGUGUUUAUUGAUGAAAGGACUGUCAGCCCCUUAUUGCAUUUGUCUGAAGAUCGAAGGACCCUGACCUUCAGUGCCAAGAAGUCCAAGGUCUGCUCAGAUGGCCCAGAACGCUUUGACCACUUGCCCAAUGCUCUGGCUGCCACCGCCUUCCUGGCCGGCCUCCAUGCUUGGACAGUGAAAGUUCAGCACAGUCGAGCUUAUAAAGUGGGCGUGGCUUCAGCCCAGCUGUCCCGGAAGGGUUCUGGCAGUGACUGCCGCCUGGGCCACAAUGCCUUCUCCUGGGUCUUCUCCCGCUAUGAUCAAGAGUUCCAUUUCUCACACAACGGACAGCACGAGCCUCUGGGGCUGCUUCGGUGUCCAGCACAGGUGGGUAUGCUGCUGGACCUGCAGGCGGGAGAGCUGAUCUUCUACGAGCCUGCCUCAGGGACGGUGCUUCACAUCCACCGCGCUUCCUUCCCUCAGCCGCUCUUCCCAGUUUUUGCUGUGGCUGACCAGAUAAUCUCCAUCGUUCACUGACCUUUAGCCACGGUCAGACCAGAUCCACCUCCCCAUCACCCUUGCAGGUCAGGUCACACGUCCAGCUAGUGUCCUUUUCUUCAACGAUGAGUGCAGUGUUCCCUAUGGGCAACUUUUGGAGAUGUGGGUCUCCUUCAGACUCCUUUUGAUGUUAGUGGUCUGGGAGGAUCCUGUUGCUCUCUUGGCCUUAUUCUCUCAAACCCACCAUGCGGUGCCCUUCCAAGGGUCUCAUUAACCUGUGCCGCUGGCAUCCAGCAUGGUGCCUGGUGCAUGGCUAGUGUACAGAGAGGUACAGUGAGGGAGCAGAUGGCUGGGUAGGCGGGUGACCAGUGGUGUGGCAGAUCCUGAAGAAGCACUGCAGUCCUUGGAGGUGCCUCACUGCAGAGAAGCCUGUGGUGAAGCCUCCCUCACCUCUUAGUUAAGUAUUUCUUGGUCUGUUUCAUGAUGCACCAUGUGGAGAGAAUAUUUUUCUUGCACACAACCUUCCAAGCUGCUCUUGGCCAGAAAACUGGCCUGGGAGUGUCAUGGCCUCUUCCCAUGUUCUGUCCUAUCUCCAGGAAACCUUGCAGCACAGUUGUUGGCAUCUGUCCCCAGGCCCUAAGGCUGAGCUCCAGCAUGGACCUACUUGUAAUAAGGGUGAUAAACUUUCCUGCUGUCUGUGCUGAGCACCAUGCAUCAUGACUCUUUUCUUAGGGUGGAAACCUGGGUUGAGAGCUUCAAGCCAGAGCUGAGGGGAAAGGAGGGCUAGCCUUAAUGAAUGAAUGUGAUAUUAUUAAAGGUUUCUAAAGGCAUAA